CAAAAAUGACGUCACAACAGGAAGUACUCUCAGAAGUUGUGCCCGCCUGUUGCCAGUUGAAAAGUCCAUCUUUAUUCCCUUGUGUUCUGACCUGAACGAGAGAUAUUACGACAAAAUUAGUCAAAUGUAGCUUUUCAACCGCCUUUUAAUCGACCUCCUUAAAUUAAACCACCGUGUUGGAAAAAGAUGGAGGAAAAUGGGGAGCCCCCUGAAGAGUAUGUUGCACUCUGCAACUUUACCGCAAACGGCAGCGAACAGCUUAGCGUCAACAGAGGCGACCGACUGAUCGUGCACGCCAAACCCUCCUCAGACUGGUGGUGGGCGGAGCUACAAGGGGUCAAGGGUUACGUCCCUGCGAGUCACCUCCACCAGGGUGAUGCUGCUGAAGAGGAAGAGGACCCAUGGCAGGAUGAAGAGUACUUUGGCAAUUACGGCACACUGAAGCUACACCUGGAGAUGUUGUCGGACAAGAGCCGCACAGAAGCCUACAGGCAGGUCAUCGUCCACAACAGCGCUUCCUUGCAAAGUAAAGUGAUAAUGGACCUGGGCUGCGGUACGGGCAUCGUGAGCCUGUUCUGCGCCAAGCUCGCUCAACCUGCAGCGGUGUAUGCCGUGGAGGCCAGCGCCAUGGCCCAGUACACGAGGGAGCUGGUGAGGCGGAACACAUGUGAAGCGGUGGUCACGGUGCUGCAGGGGCGUGCAGAGGAGGUGCAGCUUCCUGAGCAGGUGGACGUCCUGGUGUCGGAGUGGAUGGGAAACUGUCUGCUGUUUGAGUACAUGGUGGAGUCGGUCCUGCUGGCAAGAGAACGCUGGCUGAGGGAAGGCGGCACCAUGUGGCCCUCCUCUGCAACCCUCACCCUGGUGCCAUGUCAGGCCCACAGCUACUACGCAGAGAAAAUGGCCUUCUGGGAGAACACCUACGGCCUGGACUUCACCCCUCUUCAGCCUCUGGCACGGCAGGAGUUCUUUGCCAAACCCAAGUUCAGCCACGUGACGGCGCGGGACGACUGCCUGGCCUCUCCCCAUGAUGUCCUGGACUUGGACAUGUACACGCUGCAGGUGUCCGACCUGGAGGAAAUGGAGGGCCAGUUUCAGUUUUGCCUGGAGAAGUCGGGCCAGUUCCACGGCUUCACUGCCUGGUUCAGCGUCCGCUUCGAGAGCCUGGAGGAAGGCGGCGCAGCGGUAGAGCUCGACACCGGACCUAAUGCUGAACCAACCCACUGGAAGCAGACUCUGUUCAUGCUUGACACGCCUAUAGUUGUUCACGUUGGCGACCGCGUGCAAGGAAGCCUCAUUCUGCGCAGGAACCCCGUGUGGAGGCGUCACAUGACCGUCACCCUGCACUGGGACGUCAGCGGCAGCGUGCACGAGGCCGGGAGUAAGACCUUCCCCAUGUGGAGGUGACAUCCUCUCACAAUCUGCUCCAAGACUUCAACUUUGGACUUUGUUGAAUUAAGUAAGUGUACAGCAAUAUUUAAAAACUGCCAUCAAAGUGGAAAAAGAAGUUAAGCACUGUGCAGUUUUCUCAAAUCACUUUCUACUUGAAAUAAAUGCACACAGAUAAAGAUUCAACCAAAACGGCCGCACUUACGGACUCAAUUCAGCCCACUCGGAUAACUAAAGCAUGGGGUUUGGAAUAUGUGGAGUUUGCAGGUUCUCUCUGGUCUUGUGUAGCUUUACUUGGGGCGGCAUAGCUCGGUUGGUAGAGCGGCCGUGCCAGCAACUUGAGGGUUGCAGGUUCAAUUCCCACUUCCGCCAUCGUAGUCACUGCCGUUGUGUCCUUGGGCAAGACACUUUACCCACCUGCUCCCAGUGCCACCCACACUGCUUUAAAUGUAACUUAGAUAUUGGGUUUCACUAUUUAGAGUCACUAGAGAAAAGCGCUAUAUAAAUAUAAUUCACUUCACUUCACUACUUUUGUUUCCUGGGGCGGUAUAGCUCGGUUGGUAGAGUGGCCGUGCCAGCAACUUGAGGGUUCCAGGUUCGAUCCCCAGUUACACCAUCCUAGUCACUGCCGUUGUGUCCUUGGGCAAGACACUUUACCCACCUGCUCCCAGUGCCACCCACACUGCUUUAAAUGUAACUUAGAUAUUGGGUUUCACUAUGUAAAGCGCUUUGAGUCACUAGAGAAAAGCGCUAUAUAAAUAUAAUUCACUUCACUACUUUUGUUUCCUGGGGCGGUAUAGCUCGGUUGGUAGAGUGGCCGUGCCAGCAACUUGAGGGUUGCAGGUUCGAUUCCCGCUUCCGCCAUCCUAGUCACUGCCGUUGUGUCCUUGAGCAAGACACUUUACCCACCUGCUCCCAGUGCCACCCACACUGGUUUAAAUGUAACUUAGAUAUUGGGUUUCAAUAUGUAAAGCGCUUUGAGUCACUAGAGAAAAGCGCUAUAUAAAUAUAAUUCACUUCACUUUCCUUCUACAUUCCAUACAUUCAAGUGGGAGUAAAACAAGUCACAUUUGACGCAAAACAGGAACAGUGAAAAUGACGAUAAAGUGUACAGUAUAUAAAUCAAGUAACAAAAUAAAACAAAGUUUUUCACUA